AGAAUCUCUAAGAUUUCCUGGGAUUAAAUAUAAAAGGAUGACUCCUCAUAUGUACUGUAUGGCUGACAGCAACAUCAAGCAUCAGCACAAGAGUUGCCAUCAUGGCUCAAACAUCGGGUGACAAAAAGAGGACACCUUACUGCACAGAUUUUCCUGAAGGACUCGCUGCAGGGCAACAACUGAAGAUGGAGGCCUCAUUGCCCAAGGAUUGCGUCAGCUUCAUGGUGAAUUUCCUGUGUGGUAAGGAGGAAAAAGCCAACAGUGCCUUGUUGCUUUUGUUCACACUGGGUGACCCUAAUAUGGUUAUACUGAACAACAUCCUGGAUAAAACCUUUGGCAAAGAAGAGACGCUCAGUAAUGUUCCUUUAGCCAGAGGAGAAAAUUUUGACCUGAUUUUUAUCAUUGAAAAAGAAGGCUACAAGGUAUUGAUCAACGGUGAAGAGUUUUGCCAGCGCAAGCAUUAUAUCUCAGCUGAGCAAGUGCGCUUCCUGCAGGUGGAAGGGGACGUGGAUGUCAAGGGAGUCAAACUGGCAGGUGAAAAAGAAAAGGAAGUUGAAGGAACAGAUGGGGAAAUAAAAGUGCAGUCCCGAUGCAUGGUAAUGUGUGCUCCGUCUUUUGGGUACGCACCAGUCAUGCCUGUAUGCAUGCCAUGUGCACCAUGUCAACCAUAUUAUUAUUACAAUUGUCGUCGUUGCUGCCACUGUGGUUGUUUUAUGUGUUGUUGCUGAUUGUAUUCAGAUGUUAAAAAACUGCAGCUAUAUGGCAAGCAAGCUGUUGGCCUGAGCUUCUCCAACACGAUUCUCUUCAAUCAAUAUCAGUUGAUCAUUGAUGUGUUCUUUUAUUUCUCAACUAAUCACUAUCAGAGGAGGAGGCAGUGGAAGAUCUUAAUACUAGGUCAUAUUUUCUUUUGGGGUGCUUGGACAUUCAAUUAGGACAUGCAUUUAGUUAUUUUAAAUAGUCUAUAAUUAUUCAGGUCAGGCAACAGAGAUCACAUUUUUAUGCAUAAUGAAAAACAUAAGCCUGCCUGCCUGCCUGCCUCACAUCCAGCAAGAAAAUGAAAGAUAAAAGGAUUCCAAAAAACAUGAUAAAGCAUAAAAUGAAUAAUACUUUAAGCCUUUACAAAAUAGGAAAAGAAAAGUAUCAAAUGUACAGCUUCGUAUGAAUAUCAAAUAAAGAAGCCAAGUAGUUUGGAAAUAUACUGCAGGGUGGGGAAGUUCUGUAUAUGUAUUGCUUAUUUGCUUCAUAAUGUGCAAACUCAAUAAUUGGAUAGUCUUUCUCAAUGUCUCUUAGCUCUUCCACUAAUGAGCAUGAUAGUUGUAAUGAAAAGGCAAUAAUAAUAAACCUGAGAAUGAA